GGUGGCCCUCUGCUCUGUCUGCGUGUGUGUGCGUGUGUUAAUGAAUACCUCUUGUGAGCUUGUGAGGACGGGCCCGGUUUAAAACCUGGCCCAGGUCCUCGUGCAAGCCAGUCUGUCUCAGGGAGGUCUGCAUCGCACACACUCGAACCGCCAUCAAUUCCUGUCAUCAGAGCAACUUCAGGAGACCGGACUAGAGCAGACGAGCAGAGUCAUGGCUGCAGCGAGGAGGACCGGGCUCUCUGCCGUAACAGCGGCCGCCACGUUGGCCGCCAUCGUGGUGGUCCUGCUGCUGCUGCCCGCCGACGUUUCUGCGGGACCCGUCGCCAACCAGGCCAAAGAGGACGCGAGAGGGGGGGGCAUCCAGGCGAGGGCGGAGGCGGCGUCUGCCCACAGGAGACUGAGCCGCAACCGCAGGAACAUCAGCUGGUACAAGCAGCACUCGGACUUCUGGAACUGGUACAAGUACUUCACCGACAACGGCAAUCAGGAGGCGGUCCAGGAGCUGGACCGCAUCUACUUGGCCUACCUCCAGAACAAGAACCGUGCCGAAGGUCGUCGCUCCUACAAGGCCUACCUGAACCACCUGGGGGAGGUCUACAAGUCCUGCUCCGAGUCAGAUGACCCCAACUGCGUGGCAUCCUAUAUCAGCCGGCCCAAGCCCGAGCCCCCCAAGCCAGCGCCACUCAAAACCUGCGACCCCACCAAGGAAGCCUCCUGCCUGUAUGCCGCCUUGAUGGCCGGUAAAAGUCCCUACCUGCCGCUGGUGCUGCCUGCGUCCGUCCCGUCCCCGGCCAAGUCCCCUGCCCCUCUUUUUGUACGGUCUGCCGCCCCAGCCAAAGAUCCUCAGCCGCCUCACUACUACUACGCGCCUUCGUCAGUCUCGUUCCUCUCCAAGGAACAGAAGGCGGAGCUGGUGCGCAUCUGCGGAGCCGAUGAUGUCGAGUGUCUGCAGUACCACCUGAGGGCUGCAUACGGGUACCCGCCCGCCGCCGGGGCUCCUCCUGCCCACGCUCACCAGGGCUGCGACCCCCAAGUGGAUCCUACCUGCAAGCCUUCGAAGAAGGCCCCCUACGGCCACUACCCGCAGUACCCCAGCUGUGACCCGCUCAGGGACCCAUACUGCGCCUCCGCCGCCUCCCCACUGAAACGUUUUCAGGAACAGAAGGCGGAGCUGCUGCGCAUCUGCGGAGCCGAUGAUGUCGAGUGUCAGCAGUACCACCUGAGGGCCGCAUACGGGUACCCGCCCGCCGCCGGGAGUCCUCCUGCCCACGCUCACCAGGACUGCGACCCCCAAGCGGACCCUACCUGCAAGCCUUCGAAGAAGGCCCCCUACGGCCAUUACCCGCAGUACCCCAGCUGUGACCCGCUCAGGGACCCAAACUGCGCCUUCGCCGCCUCCCCACUGGCUCCCCGGGCACACAACCUGCCUUCCCCGGCUGGCCCAGGGUCCUGCAACCCCCUCUUUGAUGAUGGUUGCAACCCCCUCACCGCCAGCAAAUACGCCACGCCCCCUAAGGCGUACAAACAGGAGGCGAGCGAGGAGGCGGCUGCAAUCCGCGCCCCCCCUCCCGCUGCUGACCAUUACAGCAACCCUUACGGCAUGUAUAGAGAUGCUAACGUUCAUGCUAACAGAGUCGGCGACCCUUACUCCACGUAUCAUCAGGCUAGCGCCCCAGUUGAGCCGCCCGCCAACGACCCGUACGCGAUGAUGCGCCGCUUCAUGGCGCAGGUUCAAGGCAGCGACCCGUAUGCACCGCGCACGGAAGUGACGCCCGAAACGGACCCCAACGAUCCCUUCUCGGCCAUGAGAGAUAGCGCUGCCAUGCACCGCCACGGUGCCCGCCAGCAAUACCUGUUCUCUCACCCUGAGGAGCCAACCAGGGAAGAGCGCCACCCUCUGGGCCCCCCGGGAAAAACCAGAGAAGGUUACGACUGCUACGUCGGGUAUGACCGUGAGUGCUUCCCGCUGCAGCCGACUGAGCCCCGAUCAGGUGUCCACCGCCGCGUCCCCUAUCCCGCCGAAUCCUACGAGCCCCACCUGAAUGCCGACGGCACCCGCCGCGGCGUCUUGGAGCCGGCUAACCCGCACUGCGACCCUGAGUUUGAUCGCGACUGCCGCUUGCGCCGCCUCGAACCCGAACAGCCCCGCCACGAGGUCCAACCCGAGCGCCGCCAAACCCAACCGGAGGCGUCAGAACAAGACCCAAACGAGGCCGAGCCUUACCAAAGUGGCCAGGAGGAGCCUUACGUCUCCAACAUGCCGACGCCCCCUCAGGGAAUGCCCAGCCUCCAGGACAUACUGAGAAGCUACGGUGACCGCUUCCCUGAGCACGACGACUAUCGCAAGAAGUAGAGCGCAAUCGCGUACCAGUUUGCAGAGGGACUCGAAAACACAAACAUCCCACCAGACCCUCAUGCAAUGCCAGUUCAAUGAACAUGAGCGUGGCCCUGCACUUGGAUUCCACAGGGGGCACCCAAGCCUCACCAGACUUCCUCCAAGCAGUCUAAGCCGCAUGAUUUAAGUCUAGUUUACUUCUGCUUUGGAAUAUUCUAUUAAAAAGCACUUGAAUGCU